AGGAUAUAUUUGUUGCCAUUUAAUGACUUGACGAGCGCGUCGAAGACACCUGCGGAGGAUGAGAGAGCAGUUGCAGCUUUUUUUGUCACAAUUCCAUCCUUUAUAUCCGCUUUGUGCGUGACUCGUCGCCUCUCAUACAGGAAAAUCACUAUAGGUAGAUUUAUUUAAAGGGAAAGCCACAGGUCCACUAUUCGGCGUGAUUUGUGAGGUGUCUGCCGUUGUAUGAAUGAAUGAAUGACAAACAUCUGGCUGGGAGCCUAUCAGGAACGGAGAGAAACGUCUAAUUCAUACAAAACACUGCACAGCAUCAGAGCAGGAGCGGACAGAAAACCUUCACUGGUCCUCUGAGUAACUCGAACCAACCCGGUUCUUCCUACCGCCAGCAUGCCGAGCAUGCGACAGUCCUACACUGUCACCGUACCCGAGGAGCCGCCGGCCACAGCUUUCCCCUUCUUGAAGCAGGAGAUGCGGAGAAAAGGCAGCAUGUCCGGCUCCAUGCUGGUGUCCACCUUCGUAGGGCUUCUAAUAAACCAAGCCAAGAAUUCAAAGAGUGCUCAAGGCCUGGUGGGUUUGAAGAACCUUGGAAACACUUGUUUCAUGAACAGUAUCCUGCAGUGUCUCAGCAACACACAAAACCUGCGAGACUACUGCCUGCACAACUCGCACCGCAGAGACCUUAACAACAACAGCCGCACCAACACAGCCCUCAUGCAAGAAUUUGCCAAGCUGAUUCAGAACAUGUGGACAUCGUCGAGCAGCGAGGCGGUCAGCCCGUCUGAAUUCAGAACUCAGAUCCAGAGAUAUGCUCCCAGAUUCGUCAGAUACAGCCAACAGGAUGCUCAGGAGUUCCUGCGAUUCCUCCUGGACGGUCUUCACAAUGAGGUCAACAGGGUCACCGUCAGGCCGAGAGGAACCACCGAUGACUUUGACCACCUGCCGUUCUCCACAUUCAGGGAUGAAGAGAAGGGGAGGAAGAUGUGGAGCAAAUAUCUGGAGAGAGAAGACAGCAAGAUAGUCGAUCUGUUUGUGGGGCAACUGAAGAGCUCUCUGACCUGCAGGCACUGUGGCUUCUGCUCCACCGUCUUUGACCCAUUCUGGGAUCUCUCUCUACCUAUCGCCAAGACGGGCUACUGUGAGGUGAGUCUGAUGGACUGCAUGCGGCUCUUCACCAAAGAAGACAUCCUGGACGGAGACGAGAAGCCGAUGUGCUCCAGGUGUGAAGUCAGGAGAGUAUGUGCAAAGAAGUUCACGAUACAGAAGUUCCCAAAGAUCUUAGUGCUUCACCUAAAACGCUUCUCUGAAGGACAACGAACAGGAAAACUCUCCACCUUUGUAAACUUCCCGGUGACAGAUCUGGACCUGCGGGAGUUCGCCUCCCAAAGCAGCACCAACGCAGUGUACAACCUGUAUGCAGUGUCCAACCACUCAGGCACCACCACAGGAGGUCACUACACAGCCUACUGUCGCAACCCCACCUCGGGAGAAUGGUACACGUUCAACGACUCCAGGGUAACACCAAUGUCCUCCUCCCACGUGUGCAGCAGUGACGGAUACGUCCUGUUCUACGAGCUGGACGAGAAGCUUCCUGGAGGACGGCGGCCUGCACUUUAACCGACGGACAAAAUGAAAUAAAUGACAAGUGUUGGUGAAGACGGGGCCUGCUUUGGAUUAUAGAUUUGGACUUAUGUCACACACAAACACACACAAAGGCACAUACACACACACACACACACACACACACACACACACACACACACACAUACACACAAGCCUGGAGCCUCUCGAAACUACAGGAACCUGAUCCACCAGCCCUGCUCUGUCUCUCUCUGUCUUUACUCUGCUCAGUUCAGGUGGAGGUACAUGUGUUUUCUGUGUGUGUGUUGUGUGUGUGAUUGAGCGAGGCCGACACAGGGCAAUAAUCCCCCAUGACCGAAAAGGUGAAACCUCCAUCUCAGAAGUCCCCUCUCUAUGCACUGCAAACUGAACACUCAUCCCGACCGCGCCUUUUGCUUCAUUUCUUUGACUCUCGAUCUUCUUGUUUGCCUCGAACUGUUCAAACUGACAUGUUGCAAUUUAGAUUUUUUGUCUGCUUUUGAUUUCUGUUGUUUUUAUGUUUUGUUAAAGAUUGGGGGGGGAGGGGAGGGGGUGGGUGACAUUAUCAUGACACGGACUGCUUUAUGGUCUCAAGGAGCUAACAUCCCACCGGCCUGCUCGCGCUGCAACACUCCCACGCCUGUAUCAGCGUCCUUCACUCGUCAAUCUUUUUCUAUAAGUGGUCGGGAGGCCGGUGGCACUGUGAGCGUCACGUUUCAGAGGAGGACGCCUCGAACGCGUGUUUAAUUUAAUAUGUCUCCGACAUGUGGCUGCUACUGAUGUUUUCAAAAGUGCUGUGAAUGAUUGAAGGAACCGUCCAGUGUGGAUCUGGAGAGGCCUCACAACGUGAUAAUGGUAUCAAAGCUCAUCGUCAGCAUGAUGUCUUUUCUUUCUCUCUCGUUUCAUGCCAUUGAACAACACGGAAGAAUGUUUUAAAGACAAACAAUACACUAUAUCUGUAUAUUUUUAUAUCCUGAUGCAAUACACAGAAUGUACUACUCAACGGUGCUGAAAAUUGACCCAUAACUGUUUUCAGUCGGUUUUAUCUCCCACGUUUCAAGAGAGAGAGAAAAAGUUAUUAUUUAUGCUUACAGGUGAUAAUGUGAUGAGUCACACUUUUUAGCAGUGGCAGUCAAACACAUGAGUAUAUAAAUAUAUAUAUAUAAAUAUAUAUAUAUAUGAAUAAAAGUUGAAACGGUGGUUUUA